AUGUUAGGAUUUGACGAUGGUGAUUCUGAUUCCGACAACGAGCAGGCACUGUUUGGGAAGUACCCGGAGCUACAGAUGUUUAAGUGGGAGAACAGUCUCAUUCACCUUCCUUCCAAUUUAUCAUCUUUGUUAUUGCCGCAGACACCACUGUUUCACUGUGAGCGUGAAGAAACCCUCAGGGUUCACCCUCCUCCCUUUCUUCCGUUGCAAGAAACCCUCGAUCAUCUGUCAGCGAACACUGCCCCUACUCAGGACAUCACCCAUCUUCAACAGGCACGCCCAGCGAACCCACCCCCCACUUCAUCACCAUCUCCCAAUCUCUGCAAGAGAUGGACCAAUGAAGAACACAGGCUGUUUCUUGAAGGGCUUGCCUACUUUGGCAAGGGUGAUUGGAAGAACAUCUCAAAACAUGCUGUUAAGACAAGAACCAAGACUCAAGUGACUCUGGUGAGGAUGGUUUGUUCACUGGAAGCAAAGUGCACGGCGUCUUGA